UCCCAUUUUCCUCUCAUUUUCUUUUCAUUAAAAAAUUUUCCUGCCCAUUUUCUAUAAUUUUCUACCCCACCUUUUUUGGUUCUAUAAAUCACCUCCUCUCCAACCUCAAAAACCUCUUCCUCUUCACUACUCUCUUCUUACUAUAGAUCUGAGGCUCUGUUUUUCUUGUUCUGCCUCUUGAUUUCUUUGGUAGAUUCUGUUCUUUUGGGGCUCGGAGGUUAGAGUUUUGGAUUUAAUACCAAAAACCCAUUUGAUUACUCUGUUGAAAUCUUCAAUUCCACAACAAAAAAACGUUUUUGUUGUGGAGAUCUGAAGCUCUGUUGUUCUGCCAAAGAAACCAUCUUCUUUUUUCUUCAAGUCAAUCUUGAAGCUUCAUACUUCCUUCUGAAUGUUUUAGUUUCAUGUCUCCAGUUCUCAGUGAAAUCCUCCGUUGUGGCCUUAUAAUAAAUUCAUCUCUCAGACGCAGGACCCACCUUGUUCAAUCUCUCUCUGUUGUCUUCCUCUACUGGUUUUAUGUUUUUUCAUAAGUAAACUAUCACCCCAUCUUCAUCUGUACAUAUAACUAUCUAUAUAUAUAUAUAUAUAUAUAUAUAUAUCAGAAUCAACUACAUAUAAUUAGUAUCUUGGUCCUGCGUUUUUGUUUUGUUUUGUUUUUUUUUUUUUAAGCUACAUAAAUUCAAAUAUAUAUAUGGCAUCUUCUAGUGGAAAUUCCUCAGGGUCUACUCAGUUCCAGAACUCUGGUUCUGAGGAAGACUUGCAGGUUUUGAUGGAUCAGAGGAAGAGGAAGAGAAUGCAAUCGAAUCGGGAAUCGGCGAGGCGGUCAAGGAUGCGAAAACAGAAGCACUUGGAUGAUCUGAAUGCACAAGUUGCUCAACUCAAGAAGCAGAACAGCGAGAUCCUGACGAGCACCGACAUCACAACACGACACUACCUGAAUGUGGAGGCCGAGAACUCGGUGCUGAGGGCUCAGAUGGUGGAGCUGAGCCAGAGACUGCAGUCUCUCAACGACAUCCUUGGUUAUAUGGACACAGGCAAUGGUGGUGUGUUUGAGCCUCAGCUGGAUCAUCAUCUCAUGAACAUUAAUCCAUGGAACUUGAUGUAUCUUAACCAACCCAUCAUGGCUGAUAUGAUUCAGUACUGAUCAUCAUCAUCAAUCACAAGGUUGAAAAGUGGUGAACUUUUGUUGUCUUGUUCUCUUAGUGGUGGUGUUUGUUUUGUGGUCUUGAGAUGGUGAAAAAAAGGGAGGCUUGUUUUGAUGCUUUUAGUUUUUUUAAAGUUAGCUUAGUUCUACUAGUUGUACUCGACUAAAAUGGGAUGUGGGGACUGUGUUCUUGGCUUGUAUGUGGGUCAUCAUCACUCAUCAAUGAAAUGGAAUGAAUGGUUGUCUGUGUACAAAGUUGCCUUUGGGAUUAUAUAUAAUUAAUUAUGUAGUUUGCUAUC